AUGACUUGGUGGACCAUUCGAGAUACCGAUACGAGAAGAGGCUCAAUGAGCCAUCGGACGGAGCACGACGGUGAGCAAGUGAAACUGCAAGGGGCUUUGAACGGUCAUCGAUCUCUGGAAGGUGACCAAAUCAGGAUAAACUUUAGUGGUAUAGAUCCGAAAAAAGAAGCCAUGAAAGGCUUCCCCAAUUACGUUGCUAAACGCUUGACUCAUCCAGACAUUUGGUAA